AGACUGUUUGAUCACAUGUCAGUUAAUUAUUCCUCACAAUAAUUAUUAAUAAUGAUUUCCACAACUAUGAUGGUACACAGCAAAAUUGGUAGUGUUAAUUGGUGUUAAUUUUCCAGUGACAAAUAUUUUGAGUUGAUCAGUGUUGAUUUGGGUGUUCCUUUAGCACUUGCAGUGCUGAAAUAGCUCUGGGGGCGGAGUUCUUGCGGCGAGUUAACGUAAAGCUCUCCUGACUGAGUUACUUACACAUCCGGUUGUAAGGCGCACUUUCUUCUUGAACUCACGGUGAAGGUGAAGAAAACUCGGUGUCCGGAAUAUACUAUUUCAGAAGGUAAGAACAAAUAUAUUUACUUAACCAGGCUGUUUAUCUGCAUAUGAAAUUAUGUGUUAACGUCAAGUGUGGUGUGACGUGUUAUAUGUCAUUGAAGCUGGUGGCUAAUAGCUAACUAGCUAAUACAAAUUUAGGUUAAGAUGCUAGCUAGCAAGCAGUUCACUUCGUCAAUUAAGGGGCAUUUUCUCUGGUAGAACGUCAAAUGUAUUGCUUUGCUAAGUGUGUUUCAAUGUUAUUCAGAUGGCCAAAGUUAAAUGGUUUUGCUAUUCGGAAGUGAAUUAUUGUCAAUGCAAUAUAGCUAAUAUAGCUAACGUUCAAUGUUAGCUAACGUUAAAAAUCAGUCAAUAUGUCUGGUGAACACUGGUGUCCAAACCGGCCGAGCCAAAAUAAUAAAUAGCCUUUUGUAUUUCAGUACAUUUCUUUGAGAAUAUGUAUGCCACAUUAUUUUGCAAUCACAAAUGUGAUCCACCAUGACAGGACAGAAACGGGUGUUUCGCGGCACUGCCAUCUCAGGACUUUAUGUUACUAGUUUCGCGGUACUGCCGUCUCAGGACUUUACGUUACUAGUUUCGCGGUACUGCCGUCUCAGGGACUUUACCUUACUAGUUUCGCGGUACUGCCGUCUCAGGACUUUACGUUACUAGUUUCGCGGCACUGCCGUCUCGAACGCUAACGUUACUAGUUUCGCGGCACUGCUUACCACCAUACAGAACUUAGUUAAACCAUCUCUUGCGUUUCACUGGUGUUUCGUUCUCCGCCUUUAUCGCAGUACAGGGCAUCUCAACAAAGCUUACGUGCGCGGGUGUGUGCCAAACUGCGACACUGACAAUAGAGGUGCAGCGCCUGCCUAAUUGAUACUAAAACGGUAAUUGUAGACUGCAUCUCUCAGAGACUGUAUAGGUUCAAACAUUUACCUAUAGCCUGUAACUUUAACCACUUGUUUGACUUGAGAUAUGUUUAAUAACUCCUUGCCUGGAGAAAGUUGAACAGCUAGCUUCUUCCACUGUGUGCAGUUUCUGCAAGAUGUCAUGCGGAUGUACCAAGAAGUACAUCCGAUUACAGCUUGGUUUCACCUAUUUGGAAUUCAUCAAUGAAGGUGAGUAACAUCUUGUGUAAAAUAAAAAGUUUUUAAAUUCCCUUAUCUGGAUUCUCUUGGUUGCUUAGCUAAAAAUCCAAGUGUUGCCACAACUGGAAAACAGUUUGUCUGCCAUUACAGCUGUAAACAUUAGUAGACGGCUGAUUGUGCUUUUAGUUUUCAACUUGCUUAUGAAAGUUACUGUUUUGUUUUGUACGCUACAAUGUUGGUAAUGGCUACAAUGCAACAUCAUAAUACUGCUGUUAAGUCAAAGCAUGCAAUUUCAGAUAUGUUUUACAGAUAAUAUGGUUCAUCAGUCAGUUAUUAUGUGCAGUUAAAACCUGUUUGUUAUCUUUAUCUGUUGUCAUGCUCAUCAUCCUGUAGUCAAAAACAAGUUUGGGCUCCAUGAUGCAGCUGAACUUCACAUUUUUGAUGAAACUGACACAGCAGUGGAAGAAGACAUCCUUCUUGAACUGAUGGAGUCCAAUCCAGACUUCUUGAACUGAUGGAGUCCAAUCCAGACUUAUGCCUGACAGUGCGUGACAGCAUUUCAGAUGAAGGUAGGUUUCAUUAUUAAAUCUGUUGUAAUCAAUGCUGUUUUUCUGCUGUGAAGCCUUUUAUGUCCCUGACUGUCUGACUACAGUGACAAAGUAGAUGAACAAAGAAACAAUAUUACAGCAAAAGACAGAUCUGCAUCCAAUUGCCAAAACAGUUUGAAAAUUUUGGUUUGGUUGUAAUUGUCCCAAGCUUGUGAUACCCAAGGUCACAGUUUACUAUGUUAAAAAUGGUGACUUCCAGUAAUUUUAUCUCAUAUCACAAAUAAUCUCUAAUAGUGGCUGUGCCACCCCGGAAUGGCACAUUUCUAUCGGGUAACUGGAUAUAUUUUAUUAAUAAUGUUUUUCCUUUAAAAAAAAAGAUUUUUCUCCUUUAGAUCAUUCAACACCAUCUUCUCUCACGGAUACCGUGUCACUUUCUUCAAGUGACAAUGACCUCUCCAGUCAAAGACAAAGGGGUAGUUUGACAGGCAGAAAUAUAUCCAGCUCUGGCGUCAUGAACAGGUCUACCACAGAGGUUUCGGAUUCAGAGGCUGCAAAAGAGAUGGUAGAAAAUGCCUUGCUCACGAAACCUGGACGUGAGGAUGUCCUCAAAGAGUACAAGUCCGAAAAUUCACUGAAGCACCGCACCCGUAGACAGCUUGUCAACAUAUUGGCUAGCCAUAUGACGGAAAUGCAUGGGAGGAUUCCUUCCCGUAACCAGAAGGAGAAGUUUGCCCUGGGAAUCAUUACACUCUUUCCUUCGCUGAAGGAUCCCUUUUGUCCAAAGGGCUAUGAGCACUUCUAUGAUGGGGAAAAAGGCACAGGAUAUUUAGCAUGGCGCCUCAAGACCAUGUCCAGCAAUAAAUACCAACAGCCAGUCAAGGCAGCCACAGAGCCUCAAGCACAGGGACCAAACCGCCGAAGAUCAGCAGCCACAGAGCCUCAGCAGCUUGAUGGAGAUGCCUGUAGGGAGGCUAUAUCAUUUUUUGUUCACUCUCCUGAUGAGACGAGUGUGUUUCAGAAGAUGAAGAUGACCUUGCAACAUCGCCAGGACCUAGUGCAUGACCCGCUGAGAACCACAGAUGUCUUAAAAACAUUUCCAUGUUUUUUUAGAUGUCAAAGGACUAGUGAGUUGUGCUUACCUUUUAUUUAAACUCUCGUCCUUAAUUUGGGUGGAUGUAAGUAGUUAAUCGUGCACACACCAUUUGCUUGAUUUUCUUCUCUUUGUUUUUGCAUCUAUGUAUGAUCAACAGCUGAAUCAAGACUUCCUGCUGCUGUUUGGUGCUGAAACAGCUUCCAAGAUGCUUGAGAAGUGGGAUACAGCAUUCAAGCCCAA